ACUGUCAAGUGUUUGUUUGCAAUUCUAUGGUGUCCCCCAAAAAUCACCCAGUCAGUGUUUUUCCCAGCCUGUGUGACCCUCGAAAUGUGGGCAAAUUCAUGCCAAGUGUCCGCCUAACAUGGAUCUCGUGAGACAAUAAAUGGCGCAGUUCACCUGGCACCAGAAGCACUCACACAAUGGCCAAGCCAGCGACCCCGCGAGAUCCAGCGACUUCGCCAUCCGCCUCUGCUCCACCACGGACGUCCAAUUGAGGUUCCUCUGUCCGGACGACCUAGAGGAGGUGAGGACACUGUGCCUGGACUGGUUUCCCAUCGACUACCCGUUGUCCUGGUACCAGGACAUCACUUCCUCGGAGCGCUUCUUCGCCCUGGCCUGUGUGUACAACUUCGCCAUCAUCGGGCUGAUCGUAGCCGAGAUCAAGCCAUACAACAUCCUCAACUACGAGGACCGCGGCAUCCUGCCGGAGUCCAUGGGGCGGAACUCUGAGGUGGGCUACAUUCUGUCGCUGGGCGUGCACAAGAAGCACCGCCGCAACGGCAUCGGUUCGCUCCUGCUGGACUCGCUGAUCAACCACCUGACCACGGCGGAGAGGCAUAAGGUGAAGGCCAUCUUCCUCCACGUUCUCACCACGAAUCAGCCGGCGAUUCUGUUCUACGAGAGUCGAGGGUUCAUUCUUCACUCGUUCCUGCCUUUUUACUACUCCAUCCGGGGGAAGAGCAAAGACGGCUUCACGUAUGUGUCCUACUUGAACGGAGGUCAUCCACCGUGGACGCUAUAUGAUCAUCUGAAGCACUGGUGUUCACUCGUGACCAGAGCUGGAGGACUAUGUUCGUGGAUUGGGAGCCGCAUCAGGAAUGCCCUGCGCUGGAUUUGCUAUCGCACCAUGUCGAGUAUAACAGGCAACAACUAGUGAGCGGAAUGCAGCAAAAUGAGCUCGAGAACAACGCAGCGAAGCGAAAUGGCGUGAAGGGUGUGUAGAGAAGGACUCAUUUACUCAGAACGGCCGCUUAGAGUGGUCGAGAAUCAAAUUGGAGGGCAUUAAACCAAUAGGAAGCAGUGUAGCAAGAAUGUAUUUUGUAAUUUUCCUAGAACUCACUGAUAAUUCAUUAACUGUUAAUAGUAUAAUUUGGGGGAUUUGAGACACUCUUUCAAUCCAACACUGCAUUUGCCACUCGAGGAAUUUACCGGAGUCACAGCGAUAGUGUGACUAUCGCGCGUUUUCAUUUUUGAUCUGUGUGAAGAGCGCAUCCUGAAAGUCACGAUUUUAAUACGUUUAUCGUUGCUUUAUAUUUAACAAGAGAUUGUAAUAUUUUUUUUCAACACUGUGAGAAAGACACUACGUAUUAUUGAUGGGAGGAAAACUAUAUGUGUACAUAAAGUAGAGAAAGAAUUUAUCCUUGUGUAGAGAAUGUUUAUAAGAAGUGAAAGCGUUUGAAGCCAAAAGUAAAAUAUUUAAGAUGAAUUUAAUAGUUCA